CUUUUACCAUUCGAUCUCUACGAAUUCGGAACGGUGGCAAGAUGUCACGCCAUCGAUUGAGAAUUCAACGAAUUGGCAGUUUCGUCGACAAACGAUGUUUACGUCUUUCAUUAUUCCCCAUUAGAAGAUCCAACAGAAUUUACUGCUUGUAAUUGUAAAUGUGAAACCGAGAACUCUGAUUCUUUCCUGCUUAUUUCACAAUGUACUAAACUAAUAUUAUUACUUACUAAACUAUAUUAAUAUUGCUCGUCAUUGUUUAAAAAAUAAAAUCCGAUUUCUUUAAAAAUAUUCGAAUUCCAGUAUUAUUUACCUCAAAUUUAUAAAACACGAUGUAUCGUUAUGAAAAGAUUUGUCUCGUGCGAUUACCUUGUACAAUGAAAUUAUACAAUAAAAUCUUUUUUUACGUACGACACGCGUAGCUUUUUCCAUGCUUCUCCCAUUUAUUAAAAUACCAAAACGGUAGAAAGAAGUUUAUACCUAAAGUCUAAUGAACAAUCUCGUAGCGUGUAACACGAGAUUUCGGUCUAUUCGUAUCGACAGGAAUAUGGAACAUGGUUACGUUAAACGCAGCGAACGAGGCGCUUCAAAGAUACCUGCUAACGUAUAUAAAAAUGUCGGACGAAGAGGAUUAUAUGUCGGAUAAGUUUUUACAAGGGAGCCAGGAAGCUUCGUCGACCAGCCUCCUGUACCGCCACGCGGAUAAAAGGAAAUUUGAACUGAUGAAAAAGAAGAUCGAGAUAGAGACGAAGUUGAAGGAGAAAGGUUCCAUGAAACAGAUCGAGGAAGAAAAAAGAGAGGAAGGUUUAUCCUCUGCGAUUACAAGUUCCAAUAAAGGUUUUGAAAUGCUUAUGAAAAUGGGAUAUAAACCUGGUCAGGGUAUAGGAAAGACAGAAUCGGGAAGGACCGAGCCCAUUGGUCUGGAAGUGAAAUUGGGCAGGCAGGGCUUAGGGAAAGAGGCUAAGAAGAGAGAAAAGAAGGUCAAAGAUAAUUCGCUUAACGACAAACUGGAUAACAAAGUCAUGAAAGAUUUUCGUGGCAGAAUAGCACAGAGGAGAGCCGAACAACUUUUAAAGGUAGACCUGUACAAGAGUCAGAAGAUCUGUGAACAGUUGGAUGCACAACAAAAAGUGGAGGAGCCCAGGGAGUCAUGGUUUUGGUUGCCUCAAGCAAAAGAGAGUGGCAGUGAAAAUGAGGAAGAGGAGGAGGAGGAGGAAGAAGAGGACGACGACGACGAUGACUCUUUACCGAUCGAUGAGAAACUCGAAAUUUUAACGAAAUAUCUAAGAGAGAAAUAUUUUUAUUGCAUCUGGUGCGGUGUCGCGUAUCAAGACGAAGAUGAUUUAAGAAACGACUGUCCAGGAUGUACAAGAAACGAUCACUGAUUCCAUUAGCUAUAGUUUGUAUCGAUAGAACGAUUAACUUAAUAAAAAUAAAGACGACCGACACGAAAA